AUGCAAAUGAAGACUGAGAGGAAAAAUGGAGCGUCGUCGUCCCUGCUGAGACGCCUGAAGCACAAUAGCUUCCUCUGCAAUCCUCUCAAUGCGCAGACCAGAUCCUUCACCACCACGGAGGGUCACCGUCCCAUCAUCGUCCACAAGCGCAGCCUCGACAUUCUCCACGACCCCUGGUUCAACAAAGGAACGGCUUUUACGAUGACGGAGCGGGAUCGUCUGGAUCUUCGAGGUCUUCUCCCUCCCAAUGUUAUGUCUACGGAGCAGCAAAUUAAACGCUUCAUGGUUGAUUUGAAGAGGCUUCAAGUGCAAGCGAGAGAUGGACCUUCUGAUCCAUAUGCUUUGGCAAAGUGGCGGAUACUUAAUCGGCUACAUGAUCGAAAUGAGACAAUGUACUAUAAAGUUUUGAUUGCUAACAUUGAGGAAUAUGCGCCAAUAGUUUAUACUCCGACAGUAGGUCUUGUUUGUCAAAACUACAGUGGUUUGUUUAGAAGGCCCAGGGGAAUGUACUUCAGUGCCGAAGACCGUGGAGAGAUGAUGUCUAUGGUUUAUAAUUGGCCAGCUGAUCAGGUGGAUAUGAUUGUUGUUACAGAUGGAAGCAGAAUAUUGGGUCUUGGAGACCUUGGCAUUCAAGGAAUUGGAAUUGCAAUUGGGAAGCUUGACUUGUAUGUAGCUGCUGCCGGGAUAAAUCCGCAAAGGGUACUUCCUGUCAUGAUUGACGUUGGAACCAACAAUGAGAAGUUGCUGAAAGACCCCUUAUAUCUAGGAUUGCAGAAAAACCGUCUUGAUGGUGAUGAAUAUCUUGCUGUCAUCGAUGAAUUUAUGGAAGCAGUUUUUACACGGUGGCCCCAUGUUAUUGUACAGUUUGAAGAUUUCCAAAGCAAGUGGGCCUUUAAGUUAUUACAGCGUUACAGAAAUACCUACAGAAUGUUUAACGAUGACGUUCAGGGCACAGCAGGAGUUGCAAUUGCUGGACUUCUAGGAGCUGUUAGAGCACAAGGAAGGCCAAUGAUUGAUUUUCCAAAACAAAAGAUUGUUGUUGCUGGGGCUGGAAGUGCAGGAAUAGGGGUUCUUAACGAUGCAAGAAAAACAAUGGCAAGGAUGUUGGGAAACAAUGAAUCUGCUUUUGAGAGCGCGCUGAGACAAUUUUGGGUAGUUGAUGCCAAUGGUCUGAUCACAGAUGAACGUGAAUAUAUUGAUCCUGAAGCACGUCCAUUUGCGAGGAAGAUCAAAGAAAUUCAUCGUCAGGGGUUAAGUGAAGCUGCAAGCCUAGUGGAAGUGGUGAAGCAAAUAAAGCCUGACGUGCUUCUUGGAUUAUCUGCGGUUGGGGGACUGUUCUCAAAAGAGGUAUUGGAGGCCCUCAAAGGUUCAACUUCAACCAGGCCCGCCAUAUUUGCAAUGUCAAAUCCUACCAAAAAUGCUGAAUGCACUCCUGAAGAAGCAUUUUCUAUCGUGGGGGACAAUAUUAUAUUUGCAAGUGGAAGUCCAUUCAACGAUGUGGAUCUUGGAAAUGGUCAUAUUGGCCACUGCAACCAGGGUAACAACAUGUAUCUCUUUCCGGGAAUUGGACUUGGCACUCUUUUAUCUGGCUCUAGGAUCAUAUCUGAUGGCAUGCUACAAGCGGCAGCAGAGUGCCUAGCUGCAUAUAUGACAGAAGAGGAUGUCGCAAAAGGGAUUAUAUACCCAUCCAUAUCAAGCAUAAGAGAUAUUACAAAGCAAGUGGCUGCAGCUGUUAUAAAGGAAGCUAUAGAAGAGGAUCUAGCAGAAGGAUAUCGUGAAAUGGAUGCUCGAGAGCUUCAGAAACUCAACGAGGAGGAAAUUGUAGAAUACGUGAAGAACAAUAUGUGGAGUCCAGAAUACCCAACGCUGGUUUAUAAGCAGGAUUGACCCACCCAACAACUGAUUACGUGAAGAAAAUGAAUAAGAGCAUUGUUGUCUGUAAGAAGUUAUGCAUCAAUUUAAUCGUUUUAAAUAAUUGUUUCUUUGCUUUUUGCUCCUUAAUUUCGAGCAUGCAUAUUAAUCACGUACGUUGUCUUCAUAGGUCUUAUUUUUUUUUAUAUGUAUAUUUUUUUAAACUUGAGGAAGGAUUUGAACUCUACACCUCGUGGUGGUACCAGAUGUAGAUUACCGCUAUGUUCUGCCUGCAACUACCAUAUUUUCUCAUAAUAUUAUUCUCUUUAUAAAAAGUUAAACAGCUGUAUUCUUAA